AUGCUCGGGGCCGUGGAAAGCGGCCUGUUCACCUCGAAAGUCAGCGCCGACAUGCGCGGUCAACCGACGAAGAUCGACGCAAUCGAAGACACGGAGAAGAAGGCACCGGAGCCGCGCGGGUAUCAACGCCCUACCGAUCAUGGCGCGUUGCGAUUCGCAUCGCUCGAGCAACCUCACACGCGCGUAGCACCGCAGUAUCGCGCACCAGCGUGUGCGCCACCUGUUUACAGGCGUAAGCAUCACCACGUCCGCUGCAACAAGCUUCUUCAACGCAAGCUCAUGUGCGCCCGGGCCUUAACGGCUACGGGAUGCCGUCGGCAAGCCAGCGGAAGUUGA